UCAUUAACUGGGCAUUCAAAAGUUUCUGCUCCCUUUAUAAGCCCCCCCUUCCCAGCCUUUCUUCUCUGACAUUCAAACCCGCACCGCAACUGAACUGCCAGUUGAACGGAUAAUUCUCCGCACCUCAUCUCUCUCGCCAUGGAUGCAUCUGACUACGGCUACUGGACCAGGAAGAGCCAUGUUCCGGCGUUCGGAAGCUGGGACUGCGACGACGAUUUCCCCAUUCCGUUCACUCAGUGCUUCGAAUCCGCCACCCAGGCCGGCCUGCUCCGCUAUGGCUACGCGGAGGACCGCGAUUUGUACGUCGCUAGAGAUCUCUACGACAACCGCAUCGGUACUCCGGCUAUGAUCGUCGUUCCUCGCCGCAAGGGGAAAGUCGGGCCGUACAGAAUACGAGAGAAAGGUCUGGAAGCGGCGAACGAUGCAUGGGUGGUUUGCGGAUGCGAUUGUGAGUCUGGUUUGAAACAAUGCUCAGCCGCCGCGUCGCCGCCGCUGCCAAGACGGGCGCCGAAGGCGGUGGACGAAGAUCUCUACAAAAUCUCUCCGGAUCUGCUCUGCGUCAAGCCCAAACAUGAGAGAAGGGUAUGGGGAUUUCUUGCAAGCUGCCUGCAACCUUCUUGUGUAUGUUGAAGCAACAUUGGGAGAUGAGUGAAAGAUGGAUGCAGUUCAUGAGUUGAUAGUACAAUGGGGAGGGCUAGCUAAGUCAUUGGGAAAUGCAAAAGAGAGGGGGGAAAUCAUCAUUAUGAAUAUUAUUAUUAGUAUUGUAGGAUAAUAAUGAUGAUGAUGGGAUUGGAAAGUGUUUUUUGUUGCAAGAAUGGUGAAAGUGCAGUAGUAGUUGUAGUAAAGAGUAGUGGUAGUAGUAGUGUGGAAAGAGGGUUAAAAGCUUGAUGGGAACAGUUGGGGUUUUUGGGUAUGUACUGCUGUGUGGACCUAGAAAGGUGAGAUUUUGCUUGUGAUGAAUAGUAAAUGAAAGGCUGUUACUCUU